AAGCCUGGUGCCAGAGUUGGGAGUGGAUGGCGGGAGGGUGAACGCCAACACCACGUGUGUCUGCUGGAUGCUGCCCUGUCUCGCUGUUUCUUGUUUUAAGGGAUUAAUUUACUAAUCUUCAGUUCACUUUCAAGUUUACGAAAAACUGGGUGGGAAGGAUAGACUUCCCGGGUACUCCUUACCCUUUGCCCCCUAGUUUUCUCGAUCGUUAACAUCUUGCAGUACGUUUGUGACCGUGGAUGAACCGGUAUUGCCACAUGACGGAGAUCUGCUUUGUGUUGUACUUUCUGUGGAUUGGGGCGUGUGUCUAAGAACAUGUAUCUGCUGUUCCACACGCAGGAGCUUCAGUGUCCUAAAAACCUUCUGGGUUACAUCACUUCUCCUCUCCCCCCCCCCCCGCCACGGGAACCACAGACAUAGUCACUUACCAUGUCUGUAGUUUCUCUUCUCCAGAAUGUCGUAGAAUGGGAAUCCUACAAUAUGGGGCCCUUUCACGUUGGCUCCUUUCGCUUAAGUCAUGUGCAUCAAAAGUUCUUCCAUGUCUUUUCAUGGCUUCGUAGGUCAGUUCUUUAUGGCACGAUCAGCAUUCCCAUUGUACCCCCACAGACGCUGCAUUUGUCUUUGGGCCACUGUGUGGGCUUGGAAGAGGACCCGGAUGACGUGCCCCAUGGACAUAUCACCUCUCUGGCUGUGAAGCGUUCCCACCGGCGCCUUGGCCUGGCUCAGAAGCUGAUGGACCAGGCCUCCCGAGCCAUGAUCGAGAACUUCAAUGCCAAAUACGUCUCCCUGCAUGUCAGGAAGAGUAACCGGGCCGCCCUGCACCUCUAUUCCAACACCCUCAACUUUCAGAUCAGCGAAGUGGAGCCCAAGUACUACGCCGAUGGGGAAGACGCAUACGCGAUGAAGCGGGACCUCACCCAGAUGGCUGACGAGCUGCGACGGCAUCUGGAGCUGAAGGACAAAGGCAGACACGUGGUGCUGGGCGCCAUCGAGAACAAGGUGGAGGGCAGGGGCAGCUCGCUUCCGAGCUCUGGAGACACCUGUCGUGACGAGAGAGGCUUGGCUGCUGACGAUAGCGGGGGCGACAGCAAGGAUCUCAGCGAGGUCAGCGAGACCACAGAGAGCACCGACGUCAAGGACAGCUCAGAGGCCUCUGACUCUGCCUCCUAGAGCCUGCACUUGCUCCUCAUCCCACCCUGGCCUGCCCAUCCUGUGCUCGCCCCUCGAGGUUUCCCAAUAAACUUCCCCCAGUGGC